GGAUGUCUUGCAGUCAUUAUAAAAAGCGAAGAUCCUCUGAACAUCUCCAGUGCCACAGACCGAAUUGUGUGAAACAUGCCGACCUGCUUCAGACACAGCGCAGCAUUGUUGCUGACAGCAACAUGUUUCAUCCUGACAGCAGUUGUUCAUUCUCAAGAGCGAAUGACCACCUGUGAUACGGACCCUUUGAAGGUCCAUCGCCUGACCUGUGAAGAGGGAGUGAUCAACGUGGACGAGGCUUUGUACGGUCGCUCCGACUCGAUGGUCUGCACUGAGGGAAGACCUCCGCAGGAGCUGGCUAACACGCAAUGUGCUCAGGAAGGCACCUUGAGUAGGAUCUCGGCAAGAUGCAAUGGCAAAAAAUCAUGUGAGAUGAACAUGGCGAUGUUCCACAAUUCUGAUCCCUGUGAUGGCACCUUCAAAUAUUUGGCGACCAAUUUCACCUGCACGCCUACACUGAUUCUGAUAGCGUGUGAAUUCUCCUUGGCAGAAUUGUUUUGUGGUCCACAACUAGUUCUUCUCAUCCACGGUGCUGACUACGGACGCCGCGACCGGACCACAUGCAUAUUCGGAAGGCCUCAGGAGCAGAUAGAAAAUACAGAAUGCCUGCUCCCAAGUGACAUUGUGGCCAACACGUGCAAUGGGAAAAACAAGUGUACGAUCCCAGCCACCAGCGAUGUGUUUGGAAACCCCUGUAGAGGGACCUACAAGUACUUGGAGGUUGCCUACACAUGUGAAUCCAGCUCCUGCGGAGGUCUUCCCUCAGAGCAGACCAUCGAGUCGGAGCGACCGUACAAAGCCUCGUCCACGCUGAUCACUCCCUCGUCUGGGAGCUACGUGUCCUGGAGGAACACUAAGUCAGGCUCCUGGUACAUGGAGACGCUGGACCGCAUCCUCGAGGAAAAUGCUGCCACUGAUGAUUUGGUCACAAUGUUAAUGAUGGUGACCUUCUCCUCACAGUGCAGGAACAUGCCGACCUGCUUCAGACUCAGCGCAGCAUUGUUGCUGACAGCAACAUGUUUCAUCCUGACAGCAGUUGUUUAUUCUCAAGAGCGAGCGACCACCUGUGAUUCGGACCCUUUGAACGUCCAUCGCCUGACCUGUGACGUGGGAGUGAUCAGCGUGGACGAGGCUUUGUACGGUCGCUCCGACUCGAUGGUCUGCUCUGAGGGAAGACCUGCGCAGGAGCUGGCUAACACGCAAUGCAGUCAGGAAGGCACCUUGAGUAGGAUCUCGACAAGAUGCAAUGGCAAAAAAUCAUGUGAGAUGAACAUGGCGAUGUUCCACAAUUCUGAUCCCUGUGAUGGCACCUUCAAAUAUUUGGCGACCAAUUUCACCUGCAAUGAUAUACUGAUUCUGAUAGCGUGUGAAUUCUCCUUGGCAGAAUUGUAUUGUGAUCCAGGAUACGCUAUCGUCGUCUCCGGUGCUGACUACGGACGCCGCGACCAGACCACAUGCAUAUUCGGAAGGCCUCAGGCCCAGAUAGAAAAUACAGAUUGCCGGCGCCCAAAUGAAUAUGUGGCCAAAAUGUGCAAUGGGAAAAACAACUGUACGAUCCCAGCCACCAACAGUGUGUUUGGAGACCCCUGUAGAGGGACUUACAAGUACUUGGAGGUUGCCUACGCAUGUCAAUCCAUAUCCAAUAUGGCAGACUCGCUGACGUACGCUGCAAUGGGCCCAACCGCUCCAGGUCAGUGCUACCGACCGCAUCGUCUAAACAUGUUCUCCUGCUUUACACUUCGCUCAGCGCUGCUGCUGGCAGCAACUUGUUUGCUCCUCACAGCAGUUGUUGAUUCUGCAGAGCAAGUGACCACCUGUGAUUGGUACCCUUUGAGCAUCCAUCGCCUAUACUGUGAACAUGGAGUGAUCAGCGUGGACCAAGCUUUGUAUGGUCGCACAAGCGCUCUGCUCUGUGCUGACGGCAACCCUCCGCAGCACCUGGCUAACUUGCAGUGUGCUCGCCAAGGCACCGUGGACAACCUUAAGACAAAUUGCAAUGGAAAGACAUCGUGUGAAUUGAUCAUGGAGGAUUUCCGCACUCCUGAUCCCUGCGCUGGCACUGUGAAAUAUUUGCAGACAAACUUCACCUGCUUGCCUGCAAUUACUGUGGUGGCGUGUGAGUCGUCAGAGGCACAUUUGUAUUGUGAAUUAGGACGUACUAUUUUGGUCUACGGUGCUGAUUACGGACGCCGUGACCGGACCACGUGCACAUACAGACGGCCCCUGAGCCAGAUAGAAAAUACAGAAUGCCUGCACCCAACUGACAUUGUCUCCAGAAGGUGCAAUGGGAAAACCAGCUGCAAGAUAACAGCCAGCAACGCAGUAUUUGGAGACCCCUGUGAAGGCACCUACAAGUACUUGGAGGUUGCUUACACAUGUACAUAGCCUGGGAAUAAGCCCUCCAAAAGUGGAGUCCUGUCAUCGUAAUUUGAGUUGUUUCAAUAAACUGAUCAUUAAAUGUCAAACAUCA